UCCCACUUCCCUGCCCCUGAACCGCCCCCCGAUUCGAGCUCACCUCACUUCCCAUCUCGGCCACGGGCCCCCCGGGAGGCCCUGGAGAUGCCCGAAGGCCUCCGGUCUGCUGUCCCCAGCGGGACCUAGUCCACGCGGCAUCCGGGGGAAGAGGAGGAGGAGGGGGGGCGUGGCCAUGGGGCAGCCGGAGCCGGCCCGGGCCCCGCGGGCAGUCACGGCCUGGCUGACCCUGCUGGUGCUGCUGGUGCCCUCGGAGGCAGUGGUGCGGGCCGUGCUGGAUGGCAACGCCAGCACCGUGGACUUCGCCGACCUGCCGGCCCUGUUCGGGGUGCCCCUGGCCCCUGAGGGCAUGCGGGGCUACCUGAUGGAGGCCAAGCCGGCCAACGCCUGCCACCCCAUCGAGGGCCCGCGGCCGGGCAACGGCUCGCUGGGCGCCAUCGUGCUGAUCCGCCGCUACGACUGUACCUUCGACCUCAAGGUGCUGCACGCCCAGCGGGCGGGCUUCGAGGCGGCCAUCGUGCACAACGUGCGCUCGGACGAGCUGGUGCGCAUGGCCCACGUCUACGAGGACCUGCGGCGUCAGAUCGCCAUCCCCUCGGUGUUCGUGGGCGAGGCCGCCUCGCAGGACCUGCGGGUCAUCGUGCGCUGCGACAAGGGGGCCCACGUCGUCCUGCUCCCUGACUACCCGCAGUGCCCGGACCUGGACUGCCACCCAGUGCUGGCCGUGUCCUGGGUGCUGGGCCGCGCCCUGGCCCUGCUCGUCUCUGUCUUCCUGGUCCUCCGCCCGCUGUGGGGCUGGCUCUGGGCCCGGUGGAGCCGUGGGCCGGAGGUCAAGCCGCGGGCCGGCCAGAAGGCCCAGGUGCGCACCUUCACGCGGCGGAACGACCUGUGUGCCAUCUGCCUGGACGAGUACGAGGAGGGCGACCAGCUCAAGAUCCUGCCCUGCUCCCACACUUACCACUGCAAGUGCAUUGACCCCUGGUUCUCCCAGGCCGCCCGGCGCUCCUGCCCCGUGUGCAAGCAGUCGGUGGCCGGCACGGAAGACGGCUCCGACUCCACCGUGGACAGCCUGGGCGAGGAGGACCCCUCGCUGCCGGGCCACCGACCCCCCAUCUGGGCCAUCCAGGCCCGGCUGCGCUCGCGGAGGCUGGAGCUGCUGGCCCACGCUGGCUCCCAGGGCCACUCCAGUGCCACGUCUGUGGGGGUGGCCGAGGCCACCGCACCCUCCCAGAGGCCUCCAGAACGGCUGUGAGGCACUAUGGCUCCCCCUCCCCAGGGGGUUCUGGCGAUGGAUGGGGGCAGGGAAGAUGGAAAUGCCGAGUGUUUCUAGUCUAGAGAGAAUAAAGUGGGUUUGAAAGCGGAGUCUCGCCCUGACUGCUGUGGGGCCGCGGGCUUCUGGCCACCCAGGGCCACCCAUGUGGCAACUCCCAGCAUCUGCGCGUAAACAAGGAGACCCCCCGGGAGGGGUGGGCAGGAGGGUGUCUCCAGGGACGCUAUGUCGUCUGUCGCACCACUGGUGGCCUUGGGAUGCCCCGCACCUCCUUUCCAAUCCUGGGCAUGUGGGGUCCCAGCUUGGCUUGGUCCUUUUGCAUUUCAACUUUUUUUUUUUUAAUAAAAUUUUUCCU